CCGUACCCACAGCACCCAGUCCCAGUGCUGGGUGCUUCUCCGGGCAUGCAAUGAGCUAUUAAUGAAGCAUCAGUGGAUCCAGACCUUGAAGUAAAGUGUCACUAGGGAGAGGCAGAGAUGGGGAAAGAGAAAAUGAACUGGAAGCCUGAAAGCUGGGUUCAUUGGAAAAGAAGUGGGGUCUGGGGGUUAGAGCGGCUGGGCUGGGAGCCCAGAUGCCAGGGUUGAUGCUGCCUUUGGGAGAGAGGUGGGAUCUGGUGUGCUGAAGUUGGGGGAGGGAAAAACCCCACUUGGUGGGUUGGAGGGGGAAAGGGGAGACCCUGGAUUCACUGGGAGGAGGGCAGGCUCACAGGGGUUAAAUCCAGCAGCCAAGAUCACUGGACCCCAGCUCCCUUCCCCUUUCUGGUGCCAGUUGGAGGAAAGAGGAAGCUGGAAAGAGCAGAGUCCAAGGCAUCACCCGAUGACACGAACGUCCCAGCUUCCUCAUGCACAGAACCCAUCUGCCGGGAUCAUCUUUUCCCAGCCGGCCCCUCACCCUGCCCCACUUGCUAUCCCAAACCUGUGUUGUUCCCCCUCCACCAUGGGAGUCAUAGCCCUGGCAAGCCCAUUGGUCUCAGCUUUUGGGAAGCAUUUUGGGAAGGUGAAGGAAGAGUGCCAUCCUGACCCAUCAUCUUGCUCCAUCCUAGGUGAACCCUCCCUGUGGUGCUGCUGGCCUGCUCCCAAGAGAUUAUGGGAAACAAGCAUGGACACCUGCGAGCAUGAGACCCUGCCCUUUAUAAGACCUGACUCCUACCAUGCCUUGCUCCAACCCACCCAACCGCACUUCCCUCCCAAUUAACCCAGGCUCCCAGCCUCCCUUGUGCUAACAUCAGAACGGCCAUUUCCUGGGUCAGAUCAUCCGCCCGUUGUGCCCAGACCCCUGUGUCCUGCAGCGGUAGAGAGCAGAGGGUGGAUGGGAGGGUGACCGAGCUCUGAGCAGGGGUUUACUUGUGCUCGUGUUCUCAGGCCCCAGGCUGCAGAGCCCAGCAGGAUGGAGGGUCUCUGGGAGGACGUGUCCUGCUCCAUCUGCCUGGACAUCUUGGACAACCCUGUGUCCAUCAAGUGUGGCCACAACUUCUGCCACCAAUGCCUCUCCAAGUACUGGGAUGAGGUCCUGGCACAGGGUGAGGUAACCCAGUGCCCUGAGUGCCGGCAGCCAUGUGCCAGGGACCACGUGAUGCCUGACACGCGUCUGAGAAGUGUGGUGGAGAAGAUCAUAGAGAUGGAGCAGAAGGCACCGCCGGCUCUUCCAGAGCCCAUUAAAGCGGUGCAGGUCAUGGAUGUGGACAAAGAUCAGCACCUGCUGACAAACGAGGAAGCACUGAGUUGCUGCCUAGAGCAGGAGACAGUGCGGAGCAGCCCCGUCUGCCUCAUCUCCAUCAUCGGAGAGCAGCGCGGUGGCAAGUCUUUCCUCAUGAGCCACCUGCUGCGCCAGCUGCGUCACCAGGAGGCAUCAGACAACUCCUGGAUGACCUGGGAGGAAGAAGCUGAGAGCAGCUUUCCUUUCCGAGAUGGAAUGGACACUGUGACCAAGGGGGUGUGGAUGUGGCCCCAGCCCCUUUGGGUCCAGGGCCCACAAGGGAAGGUUGCCGUAUUCCUGGUGGACACCGAGGGCUCCCUGGACCUGCAGCAGCACAUGGAGACUAGUAUCAAGCUCUGUGUGUUCAGCAUCUUGCUCAGCUCCUACCAGAUAUUCAAUAUCUCCUCCAAGUUCAAACGCUCAGAAGAGGACUACUUGGAGAUGUUCAUUAAGGUCACAAGAGAGGUUGGCAACACAUGCAAUCUCAAUCCACUUCAGCAUCUGGACCUGCUGGUUCGGGACUGGCAACUUUCUCAUGACUAUGGAGCUGAAGGAGGAAGGAAAUAUCUGGACCAUAUCCAAGUGGAUCUGAGGAAAAGUCCUGGCCAUGACACGGUCCUGCAAGUCCUACAGGCAGAAACAACUCAGUGUUACCUUUUGCCCCACCCUGGCAUGCAGUUCAUUGGAAGGAGUGAAGGGACUUUAGCUGACAUGAGUGAGCCAUUCAGGCACCACCUGAGGGCCUACGUCACUGGCGUGGUGGACUCUGCUGGUACGAGCUUUCGGACGAACUCAAAAGGAAAUGUGCUGACUGGAGGAGAACUGAUGGAGAGGAUCAAGAUGGCAAAGUCAUUUGCAAAUAUAAGAACAGUGCAAAGAAUUAAGGAGAAGUAUUCUGAAUUUCUGCAGGAGCAGGAUGAAAGCACCCAGGCCAUGGUGCAAUGCUUGAAGGUGAAACUCAGCAAAAUGAGGCAGCACCUGGACCAGAAACUCCAGGACUUCAAGCAGAAAUGUGAGGCUGAACUGCAGGGAAAGGAGGCCCAGAAACAGGAGAUCCUGAAGGAGCUGGAGAAAGACCUGGGAGAGAAGAUGGAGGCGUACCUGAAGAAGUACCAGAAGCGGUACCGGAAGAAGGCUAUGAUGGCGGGUUUAGCUGUGGGGGGCAGUGCCCUGGCCUUGGCUGGGGGGGCCAUUGGAGCAGUGACCGCAGGGAUGAUUGCAGCAGAGGUGACUGUCAUGGCGUCUGGGGCAGCGGUGGGCGCUGGAGGCCUGGGUGCUGUUGGUGCCGGGGUGGGUGCAGCAGUGGCGCGGUUUGUUGCCAGAAGGAAGACCCAAAACACCACAGUGCGCUACAGCAAGGGCACUGCAGGUGAGGGGGAAGUCAUAGAUGAUUCAGAGAACAUGCCCCUGCUGAGAGGGGUCAAUGGUUGACAUGCGCCUUCCUGCCCCUGAGCCCUGGGAACCCAUGGGUGUGACAGCUGACAAGUACGUCUGUGUGAUAAAGGUGCUUGCUGAAGGCUCUAUGAAGUUUAGACCAAGGGUUUUUCUGCAUUUGUUUAGAUAUUAAGCUAUAUGUUGUUGCUAAGAGCUUAAUUAAAGUUUAAAACGUAGUAAGGCCUUGAAUAAAGUAAGGCCUAGUAAAUUUAGCAAAGCCUUGAAAUAGUAAGGCCCUGUGGCAUAGUCAAAAUUAUCUUAUCAAAGUAUUGCAAGGCUUGUACUGCUAUUGGUCAGUCUAAGGACAGUUGAAGUAAAAAGAAUCUGAGUGGUUGUACGUUAUCAGAACCAUUCAGAAGCUAUAAAUUAGCUGGAAUAUCCGGAAAUCAU